CGCUGUGUUUUUUUAUCCAGCGGACCACAUUUCAGGUUCAGUUCGUUUGUUAGGACACGUUUAGAGGAUCCUGGAUCCAAAGGUAUAAAGAAGAAGUUUUACUUCAGGAAGAGACAUGUUUGUUACUACGGAACUACGCAGUUUCAAAAGCCAGUUCAACGGCAGCGAUGUACCGCGUUAACUGACGAAUUCUACCUGAGGCACAAAUCCUUAUUUUAGUUCAGUAACCAUGGUGACAGAGUAACGCUUGUAACGUUCGUCAUUGUGUUAUGAUCAGCUAAACGUGCCCGAUUGUCUGUAAACAAAGUUGCUGCUGUAAAAAUGGCUGAGGGGAGAAAGAGGAAGAAAAUGGACUCUUCUUCAUCCAGCUCUUCCUCUUCAUUGUCCAAAGAUCCACUCAGCUCCUCCAGUGAGCUGCCACACAGUUCAGAGAGGAGUGUAUCUGAGUCUGGAGGUCCCUCAUGCGAAUCUUUAAAGAGUGAUGGUUCCAUGGGUCACCCACUCAGCUUUAGGAAGUCACCACGUUCAGAGAGGAGUGUAUCUGAGUCUGGAGGUCCCUCACGUGAAUCUUUAAAGAGUGAUGGUUCCAUGGGUCACCCACUCAGCUUUAGGAAGUCACCAAGUUUACAGUUUAGAGGAACUGAACCUGGAGCUUCCACCACCGAGUCUAUGAUGAGUGAUUCACCAGAGCAUCAGCCAGUUUACUUGGAUAUUGAAAAAACCCAAAGAUGUUCAGCAUGUGAAGAAGUGAGAAAGACAACCCAGCUCACCUGUGGACACUGGACAUGCCAAGAGUGUGUAGGAUCAGACUGGGACCAGUCUGCUUCACCACCAGGCUAUUCCUGUCCAAAGUGUGGAAAGAAACCUAAAAUGAAAUCUGGUGAUGAUUAUCAUUUGAAAACAAAGAAGAUUCAUAAAGAAACAAUGCAGAAGAAAUUUAGGUUGACAUCUGAAGGUGAUGAAGACCAACAUAGUCCCCUGAGAGGCAUCUACACAACUCUCUACACCAUUAAAGGAGAGAGUGAAGAGUUAUCUAGAGAACACGAGCUCAGACACCUUAAAAGUAGAUUACAAAAACGGACAUCAUUUGACACAUCAGUCAACCUCAGUGACAUCUUUAAAUCAUCCCCGAACCAAGAGAAACCCUCCAGGACGGUCUUGACGAAGGGAGUUGCAGGCAUUGGAAAAUCAUUCUGUGUACAGAAGUUCAUUCUUGACUGGGCUGAGGACGAGGAAAACCAGGAUGUUGACUUUGUUUUCUGCUUUGCUCUCCGAGAGUUGAAUUUGAUUUCAGCUGAGAAAAGCCUGCACGAGCUGCUGACUGAGUUCCACCCUGCUGUCCACCACCUGAAAGAGUCAGAAGAUUUAUUGAAAAGCAAGACCAUAGUGAUCUUAGAUGGUCUGGAUGAAAGCAGAAUUCAGCUAGACUUUGAAAACGUUAAGGCAGUAACGUCACUCAAGGACGUAACGUCUGUGGGUAAUCUCCUUGUAAACCUCAUUCAGGGUAACCUUCUUCCUGAUGCUUAUCUCUGGAUAACUUCCCGUCCAGCAGCAGCCAAUCAGAUCCCUGCAGAGUAUGUCCACAUGGUGACAGAGAUAAGAGGGUUCAGUGACCCACAAAAAGUGGAAUAUUUUAAAAAGAGAUUUAGUCGUGACUUGAAUCUUUGUGAGAGAAUCGUGUCACAUAUUCAGUCUUCACAGAGUCUUGACAUCAUGUGCCAGAUCCCGAUCUUCUGCUGGAUUUCUGCCGUCUUAUUUCAGGAGGUUUUUGAAGAAGAAGAAACUGAGAUUCCUCAAACUCUGACAGAGAUGAUGGCACAUUUCCUGUUUGCUCAGACUAAAUGCAGAAGCAGAAAAUAUGACAAGAAUACUGAGAAGAAGAAAGAGAAACUCUUGGAGACACACAGAGAAUUUCUUCUGAAACUUGGCAAGCUUGCUUUUGUCCAUCUUCAGGAAAAUAAUCUCAUCUUCUAUGAAGAAGACCUGGAAGGCUAUAGUAUUAACAUUGAAGAAGCAUCAGUCUUCUCUGGAUAUUUCAACACAGUUCUUAGGGAAGAAGAAGUUUUCUCCAAGAAAAGAGUUUUCUUCUUUGUGCAUCUGACUGUUCAGGAGUUCUUUGCAGCUCUUCAUGUUUAUGAAUGUUUCACAACCAAGAACUAUGUAGGUCUCAGCAGGUUCCUCAAUCUAAAGGACGAAGAACAUGCUUUACUUGAGCUUCUUAAGAUGACAGUUAACAAAGUGUUGGAGAAGAAGAAUGGACACUUGGACUUUUUCCUGCGAUUCCUCCUUGGCCUGAUGGUUGAAGCCAACCAGAGAGUCCUUAAGGGUCUGUUGACUCCAUUGGACUCAAACCAAGAUGUAGACAAGAAAAUCUUGACUUACCUCAGAUCCAUUCGGAGGAAGACCUUGUCCCCAGACAGCUGCGUUAACCUUUUCCAGACCAUGGUGGAGAUGAGGGACCACAAAGUCAAAGAUGAGAUUCAGGAAUAUCUCAAACUAUCAGAUCGUUCAAAAACAGAGUUGACCCCCCUUCACUGCUCUGCGCUGGCCUACAUGCUGCAGAUCUCAAAGGAUGAACUAGAUGAGCUGGACUUGAAGAGUUACAACACAUCAGAGGAAGGCCGGAGGAGGCUGAUACCAGCUGUGAGGUGCAGCAGGAAAGCUGUGUUAAAGGACUGCAAAGUGACUGAAGAGUGGGUUAAUCACCUGGCCUUUGGUCUCAAGUUCCCAUUCUCACGUCUACGAGAUCUGGACCUGAGUAACAACGACCUGAGAGAUUCAGGAGUGAAGCUUCUGUGUGAUGGCCUGUCAAAUCGGUGCUGCAGACUCCAGAUCCUGAGGCUGUCUGGGUGUAUGGUGACAGAGGAAGGCUGUACUCAUCUGGUCUUGGCUCUGCGGUCCAACCCCUCCCAUCUGACAGAGCUGGACCUGAGCUACAACCAUCCAGGGGAAUCAGGAGAAAAGAUGCUGUCUGAGCUCAGAGAAAAUCACCAAUACAAACUCAACAUACUCCAUUUUAAAUGUGGUGGAAGUCAUCGAUUGAAACCAGGAUUCAAAAAAUAUGCCUGUCGGGUCACUUUGGACCCCAACACAGCACACAAGAACCUGCUUCUCUCAGACGGGAACAGAAAGGUGACCUGGGUGGAAGACGAGCAGCCAUAUCCUCGUCACGUGGAAAGAUUCGAUCUCUGUCGUCAGGUGUUGUGUGAGCAGGGCCUUAAAGAGAGAUGCUACUUUGAGGUGGAGCAGGGGGAACCCUUCAGCAUCGGGUUAACAUACAGAAGCAUUGUCAGAAAGGGGGAGACUGAUGACUGCAAGCUGGGGCUCAAUGACAAGUCUUGGUGUCUGAGCUGCUCUAAGGAGGGUUGUUAUGUUCAGCAUGAUGAUCAGAAGAUCUGUAUCACGUCUUUAGGUGCACGCACCAGGCAUGUUGGAGUGUAUCUGGAUUGGGAGGCUGGUGUUCUGUCCUUCUACAAAGUUUCCUCUGACAGUCUCAUCCGGCUUCACACCUUCAAUGCAAAAUUCAGCGAGCCUCUCUAUCCUGCUGCUGAACUCCACCCUCAUACAUCUGCUGUGUUCAGCUGAAUUUCAGAUUUUCCGACAUGCUCCUCACAGACAUAAGUGUAGUUUAGUCAGUUACAGGCAGCAUGUAUUGUUUGCAGUACGCAGCAGCAGUAAGGGCAUAAAAAGCAAGCAAGUCAUGUUUGUGAAGUAAGUAUGAAGCAGAGAGCAAGACAGGACGUGUGCAGCUUAAACACAUUGUCCAGAUCGGAAGGUUUAGUUGUUAUGUGACAUGUAGAAUAUGAAGCACAGAGGAGCUUUAUUUGCUUGCCUGAACUCGCUCAGUGGUGUUACUUUAUUCAUUCAGCAACCUGAACUUUUACAUUUAAAAGAAAAUGUAUUAAAAGUUUUCAUCUGUUAGUAUCAGGUUCAAGUAGAGGAGUCUGGUUUGUCUCUGAAGACUAGUUUUCUUUUAGCUGUGUGGGAGUUAAAAGUCAACCAGUGAACAGCUGUCUGGUUGUUAAACAAUCCUUUAGAUUUGUUAUUUUUUACAGUUUAUUUUAAUAGUGUAAAGUGUACAGAUGUAAACAAUAGAUUUAAGCAUUUAUUGCUAAUUUGUUGUGGACGUAUGUUGCAGUGGAAAAACUAUGUACGACAUUCCAUGUUCUGCAGGGAUCCGUCUGGUAGGAUGAGAGAUACGCACUGUCAUAACUCAGGUGAUUGGACUCAGCAGUAAUCAGAAUCCCAGGGAAAGGUAUAAGGAUUUUUAUUGUACAAUAUGCCAUCCGGUCUCUCCCUAGGUCAGUAAUCUGCGGACACACGAGAACAGGAGUUAGGAGGCAGGAAGGUUGGGAUGAUGUUACUGAACGAAAGUUCAGCGUCUUACUUUAUGAGAAUUUCGGGGACCAGUAGGAGGAACCAGAAGGGAGACCGCUGGAUUGUGGGAGAGAACUUCUGAACAGAGAAUAAGUUAGUGAAGAAGCCACAGACAGAGAGCUGGGGCACCGUGUGUGGUAGACAGAGGGUGGUGCUUCCGUAUUACUACUUUGGGCCAAAAGGGGUUAAGUCCGUCAUCCAGUAUCCAAAUCCUGAUAACAAAUCCAGAGGUCAGAGAGCCAGGAGAUCCAAUUAAUACACAGCAGAGUACCAGACAGGGAGCAGGCAGAGAUGAGAAUCCAGGUCCAAAGGGGAAGCUGUCAACGGCAAAGCAGGCAGAGAAUAAUGCUGGAUGCAUGCAGGGAUGAACCAAGACGAUCUGACAGAGGGAGAUUGUCACACACAGGUAUAUAAAGAGCACAGCGCAGGUGGAGCGCAUCAAUAAUUAGUGAGAGUGGAAGGAGGGGGCGUUCAGGGCAGCUGGGAAAUCCAAACACCAUAAGACGGACCAUGACUCACAUGACUGAAUCUAUUCACCUUCCAUCCAAGCAUAAUAAACUCUAUCCACAUAUUUCUUUUUACCGCUUAGUUUUUAGCCAUUUUAAUCUGUUGUUACCUUUUCUUAACAUUACUCAUGUGGCUGAAAAAUACAAUAAAAUGACUAAAAUGUAAAUAGAAAGAAUGAAAAAAUCCAAAACCAAAAAACAGAAAAAUGAGUCGUGUAUAAAAGCGUCUUUUAGCUUUAAUGGUAAAUGUGGUCUGUGUGAUUUUUGGUUUAAUUCUUGUUUUUAUAUUGUGGUAUUUUAUUUAGUUUCUAGUCUUCGUCUUCUUCGGGUCCUCUGUCUUUCUUACUGGUACGAAUCUGCCUCUUAGUUUGUUUUUUUUUUAAGAAUUGUGUUACGUUCUAGUUAUCCUGCCUGUGCAGGGCAUUUAGUUAUCUUCAUUAAAUGACUGAUUCCUACAUCAGCUUGUCUACUAUGUCUUCACCCUGCAUUUGGGUCCUCGUCCUCCACACACCCUGACAGCUGCGUCCUAAAGAUGAGUAACAUACAUGUGUUACUGAAAGCUGUUAUUACAGGGGCUCCUAUCACUACUAAUGCUGUAAAUAAUUAUAAUAAUUUAAACAAUAAUAAUAAAUUAAGCCUUUUGUGGAGGUUAAAUCUUUGUAAAUUAAUAAAAAUAAAGCUUCAUGAUAUCCUCCACACCAGGCAUCUGAACAUGUAACAUUUAUCAUCACCAAUUUAAUCGAAUGAUCCCCAUUUACACAUACAGAUGAUUAUUUAUGAUUUUCUCAUUUUCUUAUAAUUUUGGUCUUUGUUUUGAAUUUUAUAAUUAUUUUGUGUGUCAGGUUUUUGUGUAUUUACUGUGUGUGUGUUAAGGUUGAGGUAGGAGCGGUUAAACCAGAGCACUCAACACCAAAGUAGGGAAAUGAAGAAACUAAUGAAAAAUAAAGAUUUGAUCUUUGUAGGACAGCAUCGUGUUAGUAAACACAUUUUUCUUUGUUGCCCAUGAGGCAGAAAUGAUUUGCUUAAAUGAUGAUAAAGCAACAUGUUUAUUUUGUACAUCCAGAGUGUGUUUCUAUAUGUAAAACUUACUACAACCAUGUAUGUGUGUUCAUUUUAACAUUCAUUUACUUUAAAUUAGUCAUUUUUUACCUCGUGUUAUCAGUAGUUUCCUGAAGAUGUUAUUCAACCAUAUUUUGUUUUAAUCUCUUAUUAUAGAUUCUUUUACUAUAUUAUGUAUAAACUGAUGUACAAAUAACACAUUUCCGUCCCUUUCUGACAAUUUACUAAGUUGUGUCAGAUUUUUAUCUGUUUAUAUUUAUUCAGCUGGUGUGAAUGAACAAAUCUAAUAAGCAAUAAAUUAUGUCCUUAACAAUUUGUGAUAAGCUAAAAUUAAUGUGUCAUUACUGAAGUUGACUUGGUGAAGUAUUUGGUUUAAAACAACAGAUUUUGUAAUGACACACUUAUUUCCUGAGUAAUCACAAAAAAAGUUUUAUUUUUUUUUUACUUAUAUGAUUUGAUAAACGAACCUUCUCUUGCAUAUUUUCUGACCUCGUGAUAACCUCCCAUUUCUCUUCAGACUCCAUUUUCAUUUGUUCAAGACCGAUUUAAAGGUGAAUCCAGGAGUUAUGUGGAAAUGUAGGAUUUCAUUUGUAAGUAGGAUUUGUGUUUAUUUUAUGUCACUUGCCUUGUAAAGAAAAAAGUGUGACUUCAGGAUGAGAAAGAAGAAGAAUGAUGUGAUCAUUUUAAUUUCAGUAUCACGUGUCAGUGUGAUGUGUUCUGGUUUUAAUUUACAUUGAGUGAAAUGUUUUUCUGCUUUAUUACAUGUAUCACAAAUGUAUUGCAAAUCAUCAGACAAUAAAGUAUAAAUGAA